CUUCAACAUGACACCCAUCCUCAGCAAUGCGACUUAUCAACUGUGUCACCCUGCAGUUCGAAGAGUUCAUCGGCAAGCAAAUACCCCCAUACGCUAUCCUUUCGCACACAUGGGAAGCACACGAGAUCUCCUUCAACGACUACUGCGGCGUCGAGGAACUUAGGCAGAAGCUGGGUUCAGAGAAGAUAUUCAAGACAUGUGAGCUCGCACGAAACGAUGGCUAUGCAUGGGUCUGGAUAGACACCUGCUGUAUCGACAAAUCUUCUUCAGUGUUCAAGUGGUACCGGAGGUCUGCCAGGUGCUAUGUCUACCUGAGCGACUUCCGUCUUCCGGGCCGCGCCACCGAUAUCAGUCGCUGUCGAUGGUUCACACGAGGCUGGACCCUGCAAGAACUGAUCGCGCCACGCGAUGUCCGCUUCUACGAUGCUCAAUGGCAGCUUUUCGGAACAAAAGAGGGCCUUGCUUACACUCUUGACGAUAUCACUGGAAUAUCGUCGCUAGUGAUUCGUGGCUCGUUGCCCCUCAACAGUAUACCGGUGGCGACACGAAUGUCAUGGGCUGCACGGCGCGAGACGACAAGGGAAGAAGACAUAGCUUACUGUCUCUUCGGGAUUUUCAACGUCAAUCUACCACUACUAUACGGCGAGGGCAAGAAGGCAUUCUUAAGACUGCAGGAGCAAAUAAUAAAGCAGACGAACGACCUCACCCUGUUUGCAUGGAGAGCUGAACGCAAUACGUUGCUCCGCCGAGGAAUCAUGGCAGAGUCGCCUCAAGAGUUCGCCGGAUACCGAUGGUACUUUGGAGCAGACACAUGUGGACCUGAGUUUUCAAUCACCAAUAAAGGACUUAAAAUCACAUGCGAUCUCUUACGUUGGCCGAAAAACACGUGGCUAAUGCCUCUCGGCCACGGCGAGAUGGGAAGAGUUGGCAUAUUGUUGCGUGAAGAUGAGCUUAAUCCUGGUAUCUACUAUAGAGCAAGGGCUCAUGAGCUACUUGACAUCGAUGCCAUAGGCAAACACUUGGAGAAGAGCACACAACUAGUGUACAUACACAAGUACAUGGACAUCGACGAAGAAUGAGCCACCGUGGGCAUCUCUGUGCUGGAGGCUUCGACCAACACGUUUUUCCAUGCAUAGCGAAAUAUGCGUAGCUCUACCGGACGCCGGGUCUGGAGAACUAAACUCAAGCACUCUUAGUUAUGACAUAAGGACC